AUGUCGCUAGGGCUAAAGCCGUUGCUGCUUCCGCGGCUCGUGGAAGAGCGGAGGAAGCUCAACGACGACGUGGAAGACCAGCUACCACCACCACCACCACCACAAGCACAAGCACAACCUCUACAACAUCCACAGUCCCCAUACUACGCCCAUGACUCGUCCUCGUCCGACCUGGCCUCGCCCUCCCCCGUUGCUUCGACCUUCUCACGCUCCAACCACUUGAGGUUAUCCGGCUCGUCGUCCUCGCUCGAGCUCAUCACCCCGCCCGGCACUGAAAGCCCCACGUCACCGACACAAUCACUUCACGUGGCCCGCCCCAGCAAGUCCCAGCUUCCUGACGUCGCGGAAGAGCCAUUGGAGCGGGAUGACGAGGAAGCAUACCGGGACCAUGUCGAGGAGGACACCCGGCGAGGGCCACUCGCGACCCCGCCAAGGCGCAACGAACGCGAGUUUAGCUUUCACGACUACUGCUUGUGUGAUUUUCCAUGUUCCCAUAACGCCGAUGCGGCACAGACACGCACUAGCACAAACCCCUACAUGCUCUCGGACCCAGAUUAUGACCUCGGCUUCCUCAGCGACGGGGACUUCAACACCAGCCCCCGGUCCAAAAAGCGGCGUCAUGGGUCAGAUUCGGGUUUCUCAAACUGGAGCACGCGGUUGGGGUCACGGCUGCCCAGCUUACCGCGCUGGCGGUCGUCGUCCAUCUCUCGACGCCACGAUCUGACCUUUUUCCCGGCUUCCGACCCCUCCCUCGCUGAGCCGCGUCCGAGCCUCUCCCUCGCCGCCUCCAGCCGAUCCUCUUCCUUAUCCCGUCCGGCCCACGCUUCCGACCACGCCCAGGACUCGGUCCCGGCCACCCCGGCCUUGUCCUUCUACGAGAGCUCCGAAAGCGUGGCCAUCCCUUCACCCCUCGAUGGCCUACACACCCUGCCCGCCACGCUGGGCCGCCGGGUCGAACGGGACCGCAUCCAUGCGACGACACCGCUCUUGCCUCCCUUGCUUACCGACGCGAUCGCGAGCCAUACCCAACCCCCUUCGCUGCAAGCUUCGCCGCUGCAGUCGCCCACUAUGAUUUCUCAGACCCUAGGGCCCGCCGACCCGCCAGCGGCGGUUGCGUACCCCACACCACCACUCAGCGGGAAGCCAUCUAUGACCUCCCUGCGGCGCGGGACCAUGUCCAGCACCUUCAGUGAUGCGCCGUCCCCCGUUCCGUGCCUCUUUGACCACAGCGACUCGUGGUCCGACCGCCUCGGACAUGCCAACUUCACGAUCGAGCCCAGGCCCUACGCCUGCGAGACGGCGGACCUCGCCACGCUGCAGUCCUUCCGCGCCGACUGGAAUCUGGCUCGGACCAACUACGCCAAGCACCUCGUGCGAACGGGCGAGCAUUACGGCUCAACCUCCAAAACCUUCGCUUUGACUGAAGCCAAGUGGGCCGAGACCGAGCUGGAGUGGCAGCAGAACGAGGAACAGCUCGUCGACCGCCUUGGACAGCAGUGGAAGGACCACCCAUCCGUGGUCUCGCAGCUGCGGCGCACUGCCGAGGAGACCCUGUCGCCAUCCGUGCCCCACAUGCUGAGCGACGACGGCAAGUUCCCGGAGCUCGGCGACGUUGAGAUCAUUGGGCCUAUGCUGCGCGAGGCCGCCAUGGUUCGCGACCCGACCGUCGAGGAUCGCCGAAACAGCGCCUCGGUGUGGCUGAAGAACCUGGCUGGCAAGGUCGGCUUGCGCAAGUGA